CAUACAAACUCUCUAGACCAAAUUGGGAGUUCCGCAUCCAUGUUAACGGCAAAAGAAGAUUGUUUCCUGAUAUUACGUGCUAGACUAUCCGCUUUUAAAUUCUACGUUCGUGGUACAUGAAUGAUCUCUAACCCGAGGAAAGCUUUCUUUCAAUUUAUUCAUAAAUUAUAGUUCGAACGUUAUUGAUCUUCUUAUUAAGUUUCAUCUUCUUUUCUCUACGAGAAGUUUUAAAAGCAAAAUAACAUUUUAUGUAUUAUUAUUCAUCCAAAAGUUGUUAAUAUUAAAAAUGAUCAUAAAAUAUGAGGUAUCGUUGUGUAGAUAUUCUAAUAACGACCGUGGUGUUAUAAAUUAAUUUGAUCUAACUAAUAAAUUUUUUGUAUAUAAUAAUGGUUUAUAACAUAUAUUUAUUUGUUUUAUGUGAUUUGCAUGUUUUCCAAAAAAUUAAACCGAAUUGUUGUUAAUAUCAUUACGAAAUUCAGUUAUACUAGUUUACUUUUAUAUUUAGUAUUAGCAGUUGUACAUAAUUGUAUGCUGUAACUUAAUUUAAAUUAAUGUUUUGGGAUUUUUAGAUUAAGUGACUCAGUUUUUCCUCCUAGCUAGUCAAAGUUGUGAUUGUGCAGAUUCUUGGAACAACAUAUUCUUAAUGGAUUGUCUUCAUCAUGGAUUGAUGCGAUAUACUGUAACGAUUUCUUUCUAUAUUAUUUUGAUUUGUUUCUGUAUACAUUUUAUUUCAAGAGAGAGUGAAAAUAUCUUUACAUAUGUGAAAAACAUUAAAAGGAUUUCUUCUUCUUGUGUUUAGAAAACAAGUAAUUAUAAAUAAAAAAUUGAAUUCAAAUAUUAUUGUGGAAUAUUUCGUCAAUGUCUCAGCUUCUCCUCCAACGACUCUCCAAAUUCUCUCCCCGUAACAGUUCACUCAUUUAUGAGAAGGCUAGGAGGGUGUUGUCAUCGUCAGCAGCCACCAACCCGUAUGUAUCACUGGAGAUAAGUGCUGAUUUGAAUGAGGGUGGAGGAACAAUCAUUGGAAGUGUCCUCCUGUUCGACGCAGCUAAGCAAGAUGUGCUCACGGUGGAGAAAACAAUACCAGAAGAGAUGAUCGUUGAGGGGAAAGGAGUCGGAGCUUCCCACGGAUGGUUAUUUAUGGAAGACCAACGCGAUCGUUCCCUAAGUGUCACUGACGUUUUAAACCCUUUAGCUUCCAAGAGAGAAACGACAGUGAUUCCUCUGCCUCCGCUUGCUUCUUUGCAACUUUGCCAAUCUAAGGUUGGCUGGAAUGUGGCAAUGUCCUCUUCUCCUCCUGAUGAAGACGAUGAGGAUGAUUGGGUGGUUGCUAUCAAGUUCUUAGGUGGACAGCUUAGUCUCUGUAGGCCCCGUCGUGACCUCCGUUGGACUAAUAUCCAAACCCCUUUAUUAGGCUACUUAGAUAACUCAAAUCUCAUGUAUUCCAAGAGAGACCAAUGCUUCUACUUGCCUUCUCCUGGAGGUCACCACUUGUUCUCCUAUGAUAUAAAAGACAAGGAUCAUCCCAAUCCCAAGUUCCAUGUGUUGCAGUUUCGUGAUCUGCCCGAGUUGCCUCAAUCCGAAUGGGAGAUUUUGGUGAGUUCGUGUUACAGGACAGAAUAUCUGGUGGAGUCAGCCUCCACUGGUGAACAUUUCCUCGUCAAACGGUAUUUAUACCUUUUUUUAACUCUGCUAGCUACUUUUGUUAUCAACUUUGUGACUGAAACAUCAUUCCUCAGGUACAUCCAGACGUAUCUCAAGAACGGGCAGGACUACAAAACGAAGCAGUUCAUGGUAUUUAGAGAGGAGGAGACGUUGGAAGGAGGAAGAUACAUGUGUUACACUGACAACAUUGGCGAUGUGUGCAUCUUUCUUUCAAGUAGUGAGGCUUUCUGCGUCCAAGCGAGCUCUUUCCCUGGUCUCAAGCCUAACUCCAUCUACUAUAUAGGCCAAGGAUUUGGUAUUUACAAUAUUACCAACGGAAACUCCACUCCUUUUCAAGGUGCACCAGCCAAGCUCUCCGCCUCUUUCUGGCUUCCCCCAUUUUCUAUCUAGUGGCUUGGUAUAUCCUGUUUUCAUUUGUAGGGGAUGAUUAUCAUAAAUCUCUUGCUGUUGCUGGAACCUGAAAAGUCCUACUAUUUAAAUACUUUUUUUUAUAAUGUGAGAUAAUAAGCAACUGGUUUCAUCAUGCAAUUUUAGCAAAAAAGGUCCUUACUUUUAGGUUUACUAUACCUUUUCCGUUUACCCGACAGGCUUCUGGCUAUUUUGAGUAAAAUCUCAACUUUAUUUCUAAAAUAUUCAAAUUCCUUUCUCUUUACGGCUGUAUCUAUUGGAUAAAACCAACCUCGGCUUCUUUAUCCCCGGGUUCUUCCCCCAUCCUGGGUCGGAGGGACCAUCAGAAGACCGCCGGAGCCAGCAAAACACACCUUCUCUGGCCUCCUCAUCUAUGAUGUUUAGCUUGGAGUCAAGGCGGGUAUUUUCUCUGGAAGAAAGGGUUUUCACUGCUCCUGAGUGAAGCUCUCUUACAACCUACCGCCUUCAAAAGUUGAAAAGACUAGUAAACAAGGAAUCAUGUACUAUUUGUUGCUUCAGUUGCAUGGCUUUCUUGCUCGAACGACAAGAAAGAGCUUUGGACUUAGAACAGGGUAUCCUGCGGAGACUGUUGCUUGCUGCUGGCUGACUCUUUAUUUAAUGUCAAGUGUAUGACUCUCACAUCUUCAAACCUGUAGGAAUCUACAAAGAUUGGUCUGCUAUCUUUCUCUCUAAGAAAAAACUAAAUCUACCGUCAAAUAUGGGAAUAAGAUUAUCCCGAGAAGCAAAAGGAAAAGAUGGGUUCUUUGGAGCCUUUCCAGCCACCUCGAACGGGUCGUGUCAAAGAUUUAGCCCCAUUGACGACAACCGCGCUAACAAACUCUCACUCACGCUCAUCGAAAGGGUCACAAACCGGACUGCCCAAAAGGUCUAGUCCCUUAUUUCCUUUUUCGCUAAGCUAUGGAAGGUCAAUAGGCGACCAGUUGGGUCGGACCUAGGAAAUGGAAUGUUCAUGUUCCAGUUCGAAUGUGAGUCCGAUGAUCUAAACGCU